AUGGAAAUAAAGAGGCAAUGGGCAUCUGUAGCUAUAACUUUAAAUUCAUUGGGAGGAGCAAACAAAGAUGGGCAAGGUUGGGCUAAAUAUUGGGCAGAGAAGAAAUGUGCCUUGAAAAAAUUGUGUGCUCAGCACAGCAAUUCCAUGAGACGCACUGGUGGUGGUUCUGCUGAUGACCUGCCCAUGUUAUCAGACUUGGAUAAAAGAUUGGUGGCAGUUAUUAUGGGUGGUCAAGAGUUUGCUGUUGGAGAUUCUCAACUUGCAGUUGAUCCUUUUUACCACACGGAACAUCAAAUGACACAAUCAGUCCCUGCGGCUUCACCAGCAGAAAAUGUAAAUUUAGGUUUAGAAAAUCAAGCAGCGGUGAUAGGAAGUUGUACUUCCCCUAUUCCUGGCACCUCCCAGGAUACACUACAAUCACCUCCGCGUAAAAAAUCAAAACUUAAAUCCAUGCCACAUGUCAGGCAAUGUCGUUCUGUCACAAGAAAUAAUAAAGACAUGGAACGGCUGGUACAAAUUGAGGAGCAGCGUGUCAGGGCAGAAAAUAUAACCGCACAAGCUUUUGCAGAUGUUUCUGCUGCAUUAGAUCGUAAUGCUGUUGCUGUUGCAAAUAUAGGCAGAGCUUUGGAGGGUUUAUCUGCUGUCAUUAACAAUGCUAUUAUAGAAUUUGCAAAAAAAUGCAAUGACAACAAAUAG